UGGUUUGCUUCCCGCUCGCCCAUUCGCUUCUCUUUACAAAGGAAGGCGCCCUCGUGUCUUUGUGGCCGCAUCUCCUCGCCUCCUUCGUCUUCGUAGAAGAUUUAAAAACUUAAACUUAAACAAUAAAUUCUCAAGUCCAAAACAGCAACAGCAGCAGCAUUCGAGUAAACGCGUUAAUUUCGUAAGGGGGCGAUAGCGAAGCGAUCAGGUUUGCGAACACUCAGGGACACGGACAGAGAAAAGGGGGUAUAAAAAUUCGUCGUCUUUUUUUAAAAAGGCUUUAUUAAAAUAAAACCACCACACACACACCCACGCGUCGACUAACGACUUACUUUAGGUGAACCAUGGCAGACGCGGUUGUUGACGCGAGCCCAAAGAAGGAGCUGAAGGAACCCAAAGAGCUGAAGGAGGCCAAGGAGGAGGUGACGGUGGACGGGGACACCAAGCCAGCAGCGGAGAACGGCGGCGGAGACAACAAGACCCCUGCCAACGGCACCACUGAGUCCGCAAGUGGCGAGAAGGAGAAUGGCGAUAGCAAGGCUGCCUGCAAGGUUGACGGUGACGAUAAGCCGGUGGACUCUGCGGAGGAGGAGAAGGAGGAGAAGAAGGAGAAGAAGGAGUCGUCCCCCGUAGACGCAGCGUCGUCCACGAAAGAGGGCGACUCUGCUGCCACGACAGAAGCCGACAAGGUGACGGAGGCCACCAAAGAAGUCGCCGUCGCCACGGCGGACGAGAAGGCCGAGGGCGGGGACAAGACGGACGGAGACGACAAGAAGAAGGAGGAGCAGCAGCAGAAGGAGGAGGAGCCGGCGGCUGCGAAGGAGGUGGAGGAGGUGAAGGAGGUGAAGGAGGUGGAGGAGGAAGCGAAGGAGGAGGCGGCGAAGGAGGAGGUGGUGGCGAAGGAGGUGGCGAAGGAGGCGGCGGUGGGCGAUGUUGGCAUCAAACGCCCGGCUGAUGCCCCAGCGCAGGAGGAGUCUGGCGAGAGUGACGCCAAGAAGCAGAAAUCCGAGAAUGGCGACGCUGCCGCUGAGUCAACCGCCUAGAGUCGUCCUCACCAGCCGCUCACCACGACUCACCACCACCACCACCACG